ACGUGUUUGUGCUAUUUUCGAGAGUGCUAAGAAAACUCAGCAGAAAUCACAUAAAUAUGGGAGCGUAUCUAAAUAAACCAAAGACAGAAAUAACAUCUAAUGAUUACAGUAACGAUUUGAUGAGUUGUGGAGCUUCAGCGAUGCAAGGAUGGAGAGUAUCUAUGGAGGAUGCCCAUACUUGUCUUAUGGAUUUUGAUAGCAGAACCGCUUUGUUUGGUGUAUUUGAUGGACAUGGAGGUUCAGAAGUUGCUAUCUAUGCUCAAAAGCAUUUAGCAGAAGUAUUAAAGACAACUGAUGGGUAUAGAAGUGGUAAUACCAAGCAGGGCUUGAUAGAAGCAUUCUUUAAACUUGACGAAGAUUUGAUUACUGAAGAGGGUUUGACUGAGCUGAAAGAAAUUGCUGGUGAUAAAGGAGAAGACAGUGAGAAUGAGAAUGAAGCAGAGUUACUGGCUGAAGAAGCUAAUAUGCCAUUGAUUGAACUAUUAGAAAGACUCAAAUCAGCUGCACAAAAUCAAAUUGAAAGUGGUUCUGAUGAUGAAGAAGAAGAUCAAGAACACGAAAAUGGCAAUGAUAAGGAUGAUGAUGAAAAUCAUAAUCAAGAAGAUGAAAGUCCAUCCAAAGAGUCAAAAGAAAAUGGCAAUGAGUCAGACAGUGCAAAGAAUGGCGAAACAAAGGAAGUAGAAGAGAAUGAUGAAAGUGAUAAAGAAGAAGAGGAGGAGGAGGAAGCUGACAAAAAUGAGGAUAAUGAAAAAGGAAACAAUGUAGAUGAUGCACAAGAAGAGGAUGAACACAAUAAUGACGAACCUGAAGAUGACAGUGAUGAUGAUGAUGACGAAGAUGAUGAUGAUGAUGACAACUGUCCUCUAAUGAAGUCAGAUGAGGUUGGUUAUGACAGUGGAACAACAGCAAUUGUUGCAUUGGUUAAAGAUGAUACACUCACUGUAGCAAAUGUAGGAGAUUCUCGCUGUGUGGUGUGCAGGAAUGGCAUUGCACUUGAAAUGUCAAUAGACCACAAACCAGAAGAUACUAAAGAGCUUAGUAGAAUAGAAAAAGCUGGGGGGAAAGUAACUGGAGAAGGAAGAGUCAAUGGUGGACUUAAUUUAUCAAGAGCUUUAGGUGAUCAUAGCUAUAAGGGAAGAACAGAGCUUAAGGCAGAAGAACAACAGAUUUCAGCAAUGCCUGACAUUAGACAAACACAACUCACAGAAGCGGAUGAGUUUAUGGUAAUUGCUUGUGAUGGAAUUUGGAAUGUUAAAAACAGCCAAGAAGUAGUUGAUUUUGUGAGAAAAGAAUUAAAAGAGCAAAGGUUAAAGGAUGACAAAGUCAACUUAUCAGCCAUUUGUGAGAAGAUGUUCAAAGAAUGCUUGGCUCCAGACACUAGUGGAGAUGGAUCAGGAUGUGAUAAUAUGUCUUGCUUGAUUGUGACUUUUGACAGCAUCAAAGCACGUCUCUCAGGAAAAAGAAAGUCCCAGGACAGCAGUGACAAUCCUAAUCCAGACAAGAAAUCACGCACAAGUCAAGAUUAAGAUGCUCUUGCUGUGGCUGCCCUUUUAACAUUCGCGCGCAUCUCCUACCUGGAUCCCCAUGUUUAAGUCUGGUCGAGGAGGGCAUGGGCAUUUGGAAGGUCAAUUAGAUCUAUACUCUAGAGAACAUAGUAGAAAGAAAAGAUCAUUGUUCUGCCAAUGAGUUCGCAGGUCGAAUCACAUUCAUCCACAAUUAUUUUAUUUUAUUCGAACAGUUCAUUUUGAAAGUUUUUAAGUUUCUCAAGUGUGCCAGACGAAAUGCAACUACACUGUAAAAUCCAGUUCAUCUGUCAAUAUAAACGCACAAUACUGUUAGGCAACGUUUCCAUUCGUGCGAAAAGCAACGUCGUACAGUAAAUGUACUGCAUUUUAUUAUACGUUUUUUUAAACCUGUUGAUAAAUAUCUGUACGCUGUUUUGUAAUGUCUGUAAUUUAUUUUCCUAAAUAAUGAAUUUUAAUAUUAUUUUAUUGAUUUAAACUGAUGUACUUGUAUAGAGUCCUGUGGAAAUUGUAAUUUAUAUAAUAAAACGCCAUCUUGGUAUAAAA